AUGCCGCAGAGAUAUUAUAAGGCACCUUCAGCACCAUCUGCUAAGGACUCGGUGUACACACUGAGCUACAUGCAUCCUGGAACCGACGCAGAUACUGCUGCACAGUGUCGCGGCAAGUCUAUGCGACGGCCAGACAAUCUUUCGCUUGAAGGAGAUAUGUGUUUUGAAACAACUUACAGUUCAUCCUACCAGCCAUUUGGGAAUUGCAGACCUGCUGAAAGUUACGGCUCUGCAUACAAACUGUAUUAUUUUGGAAACGACGCAGAAUCUGCUGCACAGUGUCGCCAGAAAUCUUUGCGACGGCCAGACAAUCUUCCUCUUGAAGGGGAUAUGAGUUUUGAAACAACUUACAGUGCAUCCUACCAGCCAAGUGGGAAUUGCAAACCUGCUGAAAGUUAUAAGCCGCAGAGAUGUUAUAAGGCACUUUCAACACCAUUUGCUAAGUACUCGGUGUACACACUGAGAUACAUGCAUCCUGGAACCAACGCAGAUACUGCUGCACAGUGUCGCGGCAAGUCUUUGCGACGGCCAGACAAUCUUUCUCUUGAAGGAGAUAUGAAUUUUGGAACAACUUACAGUGCAUCCUACCAGCCAAUUGAGAAUAACAGACCUGCUGAAAGUUGUAAGCCACAGAGAUGUUAUAAGGCACCUUCAACACCAUUUGCUAAGUACUCGGUGUACACACUGGGCUACAUGCAUCCUGGAACCGACACCGAUACUGCUGCACAGUGUCGCCGCAAGUCCUUGCGACGGCCAGACAAUCUUUCGCUUGAAGGAAAUAUGUGUUUUGAAACAACUUACACUGCAUCCUACCAGUCAAGUGGGAAUUGCAGACCUGCUGAAUGCUGUAAGCCGCAGACAUAUUAUAAGGCACCUUCAACACCAUUUGCUAAGGACUCGGUGUACACACUGAGCUACAUUCAUCCUGGAACCGACGCAGAUACUACUGCACUGUGUCGCCGCAAAUCUUUGCGACGGCCAGACAAUCUUUCGCUUGAAGGAAAUAUGUGUUUUGAAACAACUUACACUGCAUCCUACCAGCCAUUUGGGAAUUGCAUAUCUGCUGAAAGUUGUAAGCCGCAGAGAUUUUACAAGGCACCUUCAACGUCAUUUGCUAAGGACUCUGUGUACACAAUUAGCUACAUGCCUCCUGGAGAAUUUGU